AUGGAUUUUUCACUUGUCGAGAUCAGUGGACCUCCCAACGCCAACAACCAUUCGCAUCAUAUUGGGGACAGGAAUAAGCUGGCAAAGGCUUUAAAACAACAGUUGAAGAAGAUUCGAAGAACAAUCACUGACGGAGAUGUUGAACUAUAUGAAGCAAUCAAACUCUUUGAAGUUCAAGUGUAUGGUAAAUAUCAGAGUGAUAUGUAUGUUCAAGAACCGGUACGAGGUGUUUAUGUAUUUGAUCAAGUGAUGGUAAUCCAAUUGCUAUGUCCUAUUGGCAUGAUAACAACGUUCAUGCCCAAGUUAGUAAAAGAUCUAUGGAAACUGAAGGUAUCAUAUAAACAAUUUAUCAUUAGUAGCUCUCUUACCGUUACGGAUUAUUUGAAUAGUGAUGGAGGGAACAACAGCAGCGACUGUUCGACUGAUUCAAGAGAUAUAGUCUAUAUUUCACCUACCAAGAGAUCCAGGAAGAAACGGGUUGAAACUUCGUCAUGAAUACGUGGUUUAUUAAGGAUUGAUAGGAUAUGGCAGCAAAGAUUAGGAGAAUGUAUAAUUUUAGCGCUCCAAUUAUAUGUCACAUUCAUCAAUAAUAUAGUUUCUUUCGUUGCGUUUAUAUACCGCUCUUACAUGUAACUAUCCAUCGUCGUCACUGUUUUUAAAUGUUCCAAGCGUGCCACAGCCUAUGUUUGUAUACUGAGUAUGGUAAUACUUUUGUUUUAAAGAAAUUUCCUGUCUCUGUGUCUCUUUACAGUAGCCGUGGCAGUCCGUCGACGUAAAUAGCAUGGCUAUUUGAGAAACCAGUGGGGGAAGCUACUCUGGAGAUGGAGCGGGCGCCAGCAAUAUUUUCGACAAAUAAACAAUUCGCACGGACGUUGAUACACUGCCGAGUCUG